AUGGGCAAACCCCAAGAUAACCAGGACUCCCCCGACCUGCCACCUCCCUACGAGCAAGCCGUCACGGCUCCAUCCUCGUCAUCUGCCUUCCCCACCACUGCUCCUGCCCCUGUCCCUAUCCCGGGAAACAGUCCCUACCACAGCAUCAGCCCUGAAGCCCGCAACAGCAACCAGGUGACUCUGUCCCCGGAGCUUAGCCAAGACGCAUCCGCCCUCCACGCCCUCAUCACCCGCCAAGCCGACAUCCCGCCAUGUCCGCUCCUGAGCGUCCGCGGCACACACACCAUCUCGCGUUCUGAAAACCACGGCCGGAAACACCGUCGUCGCAACGUCACCGACUUCGACUUCAAGAUCGAUUUAACCCGGUACGUGGUGGGCAAUAAUCACGAUGACGACACGUGGCAUGAGCUGCACGUGGCGCGCGACUCCGACGGAGAGAAAAAAUACCGUGGGGGCCGGUUCCCCUCCACGCGAUGGAGGGGCCAUUGCUGCUGUAGCCGGCAACAACGGAUCCGGUUACCCAGUCCGGAGGAUGGAGAGGAACAUAUGGGAUUAGUUGGUCGGUCGGAAGGAGAUUUGGAACCCUCCUCCUCUCCGGGAGCUGAACCGGGGUUGAUCGGGUGGUGUGAGCGGUUUUGUGAGGAUCCUGGACAGGUCAAGUCUUUUACCUUCAAGCGAACCGUCACCGGACUCGACUCAACUAUUAUUCGCUCCGCACUCAAGUCGCAUCUCCGCGCGCUCAACUACAGCGGCACCGUCGAUAUCUCGACAUCGAUCAGUAACCGGUCGUUCACAGUGUACUCGCCGCACUGGAUCAAUCGCGCGCGCAACAACAACUGGAUCUACUACGGGUGUAUCCUACUGCAGCUGUGGGUGGUCACCUGGCCGGUGAUCUGGCUGUUGGAGCACCGAUACGAAGUGGUGCAGUCGGAAUGGCGAUUUUCGCGGGAUAUCACGCCAGGAGGAAAUAGCAAGGCGUACGUGACGGGACAGAGUGAGGCGGCAGUGGCUAAGGAUGUGGCGCCCGUGGUAACGCAGGCGGCGUGGGAGCGACGGCGCUCAGGGAAUGUGCUGACACAGGAAGAGACGGAGACGCUGCGGCGGUUGGAGCAGGAGGGGCGUGAGAGAGGAGGGCGUGUGGUGGUGGUGAACUGGGGAGAGAUGGGAGAAUGGGGAACGAAUCAAUAUACCUGGGCGGGAUGA